GGUUCAGCGGCUGUCACGCUUCGACAGUCUGCCAAUUUCUGGUUCUGGCUCUGGUUCUGGGUCGACUUUUAGUCCUUUCACGACUUUCAUUCAAGAUGCGUGCCCAAAAGCUGAAUGCCCAGGAGCGCGAGAAACUGCGUCGUCAACGCUCCGAAACUCGCCUAAUUGUGGCACGAUGCAAUGAGCUAGGUUUCGACUAUGUUGUCAAUGCGCCGGAACCGCCCAAGGUGGGCUUCCUUCGGAAGAUUCGCAGGGGGCCCGAGUCUGAGUUUGUCAGAGAUAGCUUCAGAUGCUGCACCUUUGAGCUGCCCUCCCCGGGUCCGGGUCAAUACGAUAUCCCAAGUACUGUUGAAUUCAAGUAUCCUUCGAAAGCUGGCUUCUCUGCGUUUGCCAAUAAAAUGCCACGUCUACCCCCCUUCCGGGAACUGGGCUAUCCACCGAUAGGAUCCUAUGCCACCGAUUUUAAAGGAACUCAGUAUUACUUUUCCUUCAAAACAGAGGUUAAGCUGGAACCCAAAUGGACGACUCCAGGUCCCUCCACUUAUACGCAUCACCUCAAGUAUCCCUCCUGGAACGUGGAGAUGGCUUUCGGCUCGAAGAGGAUCAUCUGGCCGGCUGUGGCCGUGUUCUGCACCCCGUACAACAGCUCCAAAUGCUCGGUUUGUGAGCUGACUCCGGUGGGUGACUAUUUCCAUAACUUUAGCACGGACUCGGACAUGUGUCGUCCGUGCAUGCACGCCGCCGUAUCUGCCAUCAAAAAGUGCAAUCUCCAGGUGACGGAGCGAUUCCUGAGACAGCAGAAAAUCAAGCAGUUCGUCCCGGCCCGCUACUGUGGAUUCUUCCACAUCCAUGACGGUACCAAUGCCACCAUUGAGCGGGACUCCCGGAAGGUCUUGCGCCAAAAGACUCGCGUUGAAAAUUAUCUGUAUCGUGUGAAUGCCAAGAUGGAAUACUAAUGGAAAACCACCUUU